AUUCUAUUCUAUAUAUCUAAAUUCAAGUCCAAGGAAAGCACUUCCUCAAGACCUAAAGUCAUUAUAAAAGGCCAGAGCACACCACCCACAACUUCUCACCUAAAAGCUACAUAUUUUUCUACUUCCAAGUUUUUACACAAAACCCAAAAUAACAAACAUGAGUCCCAUAAUAAACUUGUCCUUACUCUUCCUCCUUUCCUUAACACUUGUCUCUAUAACAUCUCAAGAAGAAAGAGCUCCUCAUGGUCUUGUUUACGAAAACCCUGUAGCUUUUCCACCAUCAGCAUAUAUCUUCUUCCAUCCCAAUGCACAAACUCCUAAGACCAAAGACUCUUGCACUGCAUCCAAAUGUUCACCACUACCUCAAGUAGAAGCCAAUCAGAAAUAUUAUGAAAACAAAGCUUCAGCUGAAGAAUCACAGAAAAGUGGGAAACAAAUUGGAGCUGGUUUUGUGGCUGGCAUUAUCUUUCUUGUUACUUUUGUCGUUCUUUUAGUUAUUGGAGUUUACUAUGUAAAGGUCACCCGCCAAGUGAACAUGAGUAGAACUAUUAGUAAUGUUCAAUCUCAUGCUUAAUGUGUAUGCAAUAAUGAGUAUGAGUGUGUCUAUAUUCAUUUUGAGUUUUUUCUUUACAAGACACAUCACUUUCUCAAUAUUAGUUAGUCGUUUAUUCCCUUUUAA